AAGGAAGGAAAGCGGCCUGCCGGGCUCUGUGGAGGGCACGGCGCUCCUCCUCCACAGCCUCCUCCUCUUCCUCCCGCGGGAAGCUCCCGGCGGCCGCACGUGCCGCCCAGCCCAGGCUCCUCCCCUCCUCUGCCCCCGCCCGGGAGCGGCCAGGCGCUGCUUUCUCUCCGCCCGCCGAGAUGGCGCUCGACCCCGCAGGGCAGCAUCUCAGACAUGUUGAAAAGGAUGUUUUGAUCCCUAAAAUAAUGAGAGAAAAAGCCCGAGAGAGAUGUUCUGAACAAGUUCAAGAUUUUACCAAAUGUUGCAAGGACUCUGGAAUCCUUAUGGUAGUAAAAUGCCGGAAAGAAAAUUCUGCAUUGAAAGAAUGCCUAACUGCUUAUUAUAAUGAUCCAGCCUUUUAUGAAGAAUGCAAAAUGGAAUACCUGAAGGAAAGGGAAGAAUUCAGAAAAACUGGAAUUCCUACCAAGAAAAGGCUACAGAAGCUUCCCACAAGCAUAUAGGCAAAUGUUCAGAUACUCAGAAGCUCUGAUACUCACGGAAAUCAUUAUCACCUAAAAUAAUGGACUCAAGGAAGUGUUUGCUUUAUCCUAAAUUACGGAAAUACUAAUUUUAUCUGAAAUAAAGGUUUUUUUUUUUUUAAAUUUUAAAGUCAAGUUUGUCAAAUGUGGUAGGAGUAGUAAAUAGUGAAAUGGGAUAUGGUCUGCCUGGGCAUCAUGGAUUUUUUGGUAAAUCUUCCACAAUUACAGUUCUGUAACAGAGAUACUGAGAUUUAGGGUUCUAUAUAUAUAGACCUUAUAUUCCUUUUGUCCAGUGUAUAGACUAAGGGGUAAUCAUAGGGAUCAGAAGUAACCAAAGUAGGGAUGGACAGCCGUCAGAGGUGUUAAUAAGGCAGUAUAGCAGAAUAGUGAUGAACCAGAAUCCUUCUUGGUUCUGUUACUUACUAGGUAUGUCACCAUGGAAAUAAUUUUGCUAUUGUGCGGAUUAUUGCAAGUAAGUAGAGUGUUUAGGACAGUGCCUCAGAUGUGGUAAAUGCUCUUUAAUGGUUGUUAGUAGUAGUAAAGGAUUAUUUGGAAACAGAUAAAUAGAUGAAUUAAUUUUAUGUUUGAUGGAAAGUUUCCUAAAAUGAAUUAUUAUGUUCCUUGACCUGUUCAUUUGGUUACUGAAAAUAUUUUAAUGAUUUCAGGAGCUAAUGUAAAAAAUUGUCCGAGUACAAUAAUUUGGUUCCAGUUUUUUAUAUCAAAACUUGCUUUUCUUUUCUUCCAUGAGCUGUUAAUUCUCCACUAUAGCCACGGCAACCAGUUUCUAUCUGUCUACAUAUAUAUCUCAUUAAAAUCACAAAUAGAAAUUACUACAUACUAGGACAAGAUUUAAUUUUGACCCCUAUUCCAUAAAAUAGACCUGAGAUUAUUCUUUUUUUAAAGGACUUAGUUUAAAGCAGAUAGGAUGCUAAGGAACCAGUGUGAUGCUCAAGUUCCAUACUUUACUCAAGUGAACCACUCAAAGAACUAUUUUACUCUUACUUGAAAACCAAAGAAACCACAUUUUCCUAGCCCACAGAUCAAAAGGAAGAUUACUAGAGCAGACAAAAGCAAAGCAAAUGUAGAAACCUAGAGACCACAUACCAUAGGCGUCAUCAAGCCUAUAUUCUUCUGUUGGCCUUUCAGUACCUAUUACAUUUCUUAGCGUACAGGACCUUUUAAUGGUGCAAAUGAAGAAAAGGCAGUAAAUUUAAAAAGCUAGUGAAAUAUAUAAUCUGUGGCUAAUUUAUAAUUUGGAUGACAAUCAGAGGAGCUAAAUUUUAUGUGGAAAAUUUAUUUUCUGUAGAUGUCACUUUCUCCACAGGUACUAGAAUAGUAGUAUGUAAGUAUGUUCAUUCCUCUACCAGAAACUAAACCCUUUAUCACUGCUUUCAGGAUAUCCUGCCUAGCCACCACACUGUCUACUCUAAAACAGCUGCCUCAGUUGUUGUCUGGCUUGCUCAUUCAUACCUCUGGCUGAAGCUAUUUCUGUGAAGAACUAGUGCACAGAUUUUCUUCCCCUAAAGAUCCACCUUGUUCAUGUAGCCUCUCUGGAUCAGAUCAUUAUGGUUUUUCCAAGAUUAGGUCUCAGGUCUUUAAGUCUGAAUUUUCCCCUACUUACUUGGUUUCUGAUGUUUCCCAUAGGUGUGUCCCUGCUCUGCUUAGGAAUUAGGUUCCAUCUGGGCAGAAUCUCCAUUUCCUUUUAAAGAAGAUGCAGAUUUUAUUUUCACUAAUAGGAGAUCAAGAGGAAGGAGAGAUUGUACUCCCUGGAGUCAGCUGUGUUCAUUGGUCAGAAUAAAUUCCAGCAUCUGACACCA